GGCGGCGCCGGAGCAGCAUUCAGCAACACGUCUUCACAUCGAGCAGCAGCAGGAAGAAGAGAUGCAGCGACUCGGUUUACUCGUCUGUCUGGUCUGCGUGGCCUCCAGUCUGGCCGACUUCGACCCGAGAGGAGCCCGUCCGGUGGAGCACGGCACCAGAUCCGAAAAAUGUGCCACGGAGAAGGAGUGGCCUUUCUGCACAGACGACGAAUGGGGCCCCAAAUGCCCGUCGGGCUGCAGGAUCCAGGGUCUGCUGGAUAAGUACGACCACGGCGUGGUGAAGAGGAUCGAGCAGAUCCGCAGCCUGCUGGACCAGAACAAGGCCAAGCAUCGCUCCGCCGACCAGGUGUCCAAGCAGACCUACGACUACCUGAAGGAGAAGCUCACCCUCGACGCUGGCAACAACAACAACUACUACGACCUGGCCCAGAGUCUGCGCCAGAGGAUCACGGACAUGAAGAUAAAGAUCGACCGCCAGCUGAGGGUCCUGGCCGCCCUGAAGGACCGGGUCAAGGACCAGGUCACCCAGAUGCAGAGGCUGGAGGUUGAUAUCGACAUCAAGCUCCGUUCCUGCAAAGGAUCUUGCGCCAGCUACUCGGAGCACCAGGUGGACCUGGACAGCUACGUGACUCUGGAGAAACAGGUGCAGCAGCUGGACUCCCAGUUGGACCAGAACGUCGAGUCGGUGGGGACGCUGUACGUGAUGAAGAGCAAGCCGCUGCAGGACGUCCUCGUGGACAGCAUCUACAAAUCUGGCGCCGGAGUGGCAGCGCAGAAGAAAGAAGAUUUCUUCCCUGAGGUGAAUACGGUCCAUUUGAUCCUGGAGGAGGAAGGCUCCAGCUCAUCCCCAGCCACCAUCUCCAAGGUCCCAGGUACUUCCUACUCUCCAUCCACAUCAUCGUCCUCCUCCUCCUCCUCCACUUCUUCCUCCACAUCCUCGAAAUCCAUCACCGAGAUCGGGGGACGAGGCGACGGGGGUUUGUUCAAUCUGGGCGGAGGCUUCCCCAGCACAAGCCACGUCUCCACCCAAAGCCUCUCCUGCACCAAGAGCAUCAGGAGGACGGUGGUUCACACCAAGGACGGCCCGGUGGAGAGGAUGGAGGAGGUGAUCGAGGGAGGCCCUGAGUGCCAGGCGCUGAGGGACAGUUCCAAGGGAGGGUUGAGCUCGCUGUUCCCCAGCCUCACCCACACAUCCUCCUCCUCCUCCUCCUCCUCCUCGUCUUCGGUCCACGCUGGCGGCGCCAAGGGAAGCAUCUUAGGAGAUUCCAAAACCGGCUUCAUGGAUCCAUUCGGCUCGGACCUCGGCGCGUUCAUGACGGGCAACGUGGAGGACGACGUUCCCGACUUUCAGGCCCGCAGCUUGCACGGCAUGCGCGUCGAGCGGCAGGCCGAUUAUGUAGGAAAAGAUUGCGUGGACGCCCACCAGAACCACCUGAACGGGGAAAAGAACGGCCUGUUUAAGAUCAAACCCGGCGGCGGCAACUCCGUGGCGCUAGUGGAAGUUUACUGCCAGCAGGAGGGCAUUAUGGGCGGGUGGGUGUUAGUCCAGCAGCGGGAAAGCGGCGCGCUCGACUUCAACCGCACCUGGGCCGAGUACCGCGACGGCUUCGGCUCGGUCGACGCACAGGGCAAGGGGGAGCUCUGGCUCGGCAACCAGAACCUCCACCUGCUGACCAGCCGCGGCGAGACCAUGCUGAGGGUGGAGCUGGAGGACCGGGAGGGGGGCGUGGCCAGCGCCGAGUACACGGUCCGGGUCGGCCCCGAGGACCAGGGGUACCCGCUGCUCGUGUCCGGCUACACCGGGGACGCCGGCGACGCUCUGGCGCCGUCGCACAACGGGAUGAAGUUCAGCACGGCGGACAGAGACAACGACCGGGCGGACGGCAGCUGUGCACAGCGGUUCGGAGGCGGCUGGUGGUACAACAGCUGCCAGUCGGCCAACUUAAACGGGCUGUACUCCAAAGGCCCGAACGACCCGAUAGCAGCCCAGAACGGAGUCGUGUGGGCGACGUUCAAACCGGCCGAUCACAGCCUGAAGAGCGUCCGCAUGCUUAUCCGAUCGGCUGCUUUCUGACAAACAUCUUUAGUCCACAACUGAAAAGAAAAGUCAAACAUCUGGACCCUGGAGAGCUGCUUUCUCUUUUUUUUUUUAGAUAAAUAGAUAAUUCUGGGAUUUCUAAAUGGUGUCAAACGGUGUCGUGUGUGUUUUCCCUGAUGCUCGUGUUUUUGUGUAACCGUCAGCGCUGAGCCACUCUGUACACACUGACCUCUGCUCAAUCAAUAAAGACUCGCUGUUCACUUCA